AGUUUAACUAUCGGUUAUUGUAAACUCGACUUUGAGUUGAUUUGAAUGGGUAAUCACUUGUGAACCUUCUAUUUCUCUGUGCGUAAUAUAUAGUGUAUCAUUCACAAUGUGGGUAUAGAAAAAACAUACCCAAUAUUGGAAAAUACAUUAUGUAUAACGUCCUUAGUUACGCUGUAAUAGCUAUGAAUAAACUAGAUAAUAGCUGUAAAUAAACUCGCUCCUUCGGUGUAUAUAUAUAUUAAGAAUUUCAUUUCGGCGGCACAAACAGUUAACUAUAACGCAUUAGCAGUUGAAAUGGCGUCAGGAAAAGUAGAUGUCAAAGCAAUAUUGGAAAGUUCGACAUUUGUUGACAAAAACGAAAAAGAAAGUAAGCUGGACUUUAACGAUGUUGAAUACAUAGGCUUAUAUUUCUCUGCUCACUGGUGUCCGCCGUGUAAAGCUUAUACACCUCAACUCGCCGCUAGAUAUAAUGAUGUGUUAAAGGAUAAGAAGAUAGAGAUAGUAUUCAUCAGUUCUGAUAGAGACGAAUCCGCCUUCAAAGAAUACUUAUCAGAAAUGCCUUGGGUUGCACUGAAGUUCGAAAACCGGGAUGCAAAGGAAAAACUUGCAAAACAGUUUGGCAUAUCAGGAAUUCCAACCCUCGUUAUUCUUGACAAAGAUUGUGAACUUAGAACAAAGGAUGGGCGAAGUCAAGUAAUGAAUGUUAAGAAAGAGAGUCCCGUCGAAUGGAAGAUCGGUCUUGCACAGUCUCAGGCGAGUUCCAUUCAGAAAAUGCCUCAUGCUUUCGAGUUUGCAAAAGAACUCAUCGUUGGGAAAAUGGCUUUAGAUAUUCUUAACACAUUUGGACAAGGAAAACUUAUUAGGAAAGGAGGGAAAGCUUUUGAGCUGGAAGAUCUGAACGACAAGGAGCAUAUUGGCUUAUAUUUCUCCGCACAUUGGUGUCCACCCUGCAAAGGUUUUACACCUAGACUAGCGGAAUACUAUCAAAAGUAUAAUAGUAAAAGCAGUCAUGGAAAGCUGGAGAUAGUGUUUGUCAGUUCUGAUCAAAACGAAAAAGAAUUCAACACGUAUUUUGCAGAAAUGCCUUGGAUAGCACUGAGGUUUGAGGACAGGGAUACAAAGGGCAUGCUGGCAAAAAAGUAUGGUAUUUCAGGAAUACCUACACUCGUCAUUCUGGACAAGAAUGGAAAACUAAUUACCAAUAAUGGACGAGGACGGGUGGCAGAAGAUCCAAAUGGUGAAAAAUCAUGGAAUUAAGAACAAUUUCCGGACAAGCAUCGUGUGCAAAAGAUUAUUAUUUCCUGUUGCAAGUGAAAUAAAGUGUGCUAAAUUGUAUUUGUUUCCCUAUUAAAACAAACACUCACUUUGAAUUAAAUUGAUUUCCGUUAUAUACCAGACAUUACGACAAACUAGCAUAACAAUUAAACAAAUGGAAAACAAACAAACAAUGAAUAUUACAUGUUUAUUGUAUUGUGCUGAUAACAUGCUGUACAUUGGCAAACACUUCUCAUAUAUUUUUGUCUAUUUUCUAUACAAUUCAAAUUGUGAAUUACAUAUUUCGAAAUUGACAUUCAUACGAGAGAUAUUCUAAGAACAAUUAAGGUUUAAUUACAUUUCGUAUUGUACUUGGAUUCAUUUACAAUUUCACUUCAUAUUGGUUUUGUUGUAUUGUUUCCUUUUUUAUAAAUCAAAUAUAUGUAUUCAAAAGUGAAA